AUCUCGCUCUGCCGAGAGUUUGAAAAUUAAAAUGGCGGCCGCUCGUCGGUCUAUGCUGGAACAGAAUUCUCCUUCCCAGAAUGACCCUGGUAGAGAACUUUUUGAAGCUUGUAGAAAUGGAGAUUUAAACAAAGUGAAAAAGCUUGUAAAUACACACAAUGUUAACUCUAAAGACACAGCAGGGAGGAAAUCAUCGCCGUUACAUUUCGCUGCGGGUUUUGGAAGGAAGGAUGUUGUCGAGCACUUAUUAGAAUGUGGUGCCAAUGUUCAUGCCAGAGAUGAUGGUGGUCUCAUACCUUUACACAAUGCUUGUUCGUUCGGGCAUGCCGAGGUUGUGCAGUUACUGUUGCGGCAUGGGGCUGAUGGGAAUGCUAGGGAUAACUGGAACUACACACCGCUCCAUGAAGCAGCAAUAAAAGGGAAAAUAGAUGUUUGUAUAGUUUUACUACAGCAAGGCGGUGACCCAAAUAUUCGCAACACUGAUGGAAAGACGGCAUUAGACCUUGCUGAUCCAUCGGCAAAGGCAGUGCUAAAUGGAGAGUACAAGAAAGAUGAACUAUUGGAGGCCGCCCGGAGUGGAAAUGAGGAGAAGUUAAUGUCCCUACUCACACCACUAAAUGUUAACUGUCAUGCUAGUGAUGGUAGAAAGUCAACACCAUUACACCUGGCAGCAGGCUACAAUAGAACACGGAUAGUACAGUUACUCUUACAGCAUGGCGCUGAUGUACAUGCAAAAGAUAAAGGUGGACUGGUUCCUCUACACAAUGCUUGUUCAUAUGGUCAUUUUGAAGUUACAGAAAUGUUGUUAAAGGCUGGAGCAAAUGUAAAUGCCAUGGAUCUGUGGCAGUUUACGCCGCUGCAUGAAGCAGCAUCUAAGUCACGUAUAGAAGUUUGUUCAUUGUUACUGGCCCACGGAGCUGAUCCCACCCUAGUCAACUGUCACUCAAAGAGUGCGCUAGAUUCAGCACCAACUAGAGAAUUGAUGGAGAGAAUACAUUAUGAGUUCAAGGGUCAUUCUUUAUUGGAGGGGGCUCGACAAACGGAUCUUGGAAGAACGAAAAAAUAUCUUGAAGUUGUCUCCUUCAAGCAUCCAUAUACUGGGGAUACUGCUUUGCACUGUGCUGCGGCAUCACCAUUCCCGAAGAGAAAACAAGUUGUUGAUGCCCUUGUUCGUAAAGGAGCAAAUCUCAACGAAAAAAAUAAAGAGUAUUUAACCCCUCUACAUAUAGCUGCUGAUAAAGCCCACUAUGAUGUAAUGGAUGUCCUUCUCAAACAAGGUGCUAAAGUAAAUGGUCUAGACAGCCUAGGACAGACAGCGUUACAUCGUGUAGCACAGCAAGGUAACAUUCAGGCAUGUAGAUUGUUGAUGCAGUACAGUGUAGACACUACAUUACGAUCAUUACAGGGUUACACCGCCGCAGAACUUGGUACAGAAAAUAUACAGAAACUGUUACAAGAUGACCCAGCACCACAGGUUGGUACAGAUAUAGAUCUUCAGUUACUGGAGGCAGCCAAAGCUGGGGACAUGGAAGUAGUUAAGAAAUUGAUAACAACACAUCCUCAUGCUGUAAAUUGUCGAGACCUUGACGGGAGACAUUCUACACCCCUACAUUUCGCAGCCGGCUAUAACAGAGUAGCGGUCGUAGAAUAUUUGUUACAACAUGGUGCUGAUGUGCAUGCUAAAGAUAAAGGAGGAUUGGUACCUCUUCACAAUGCCUGCUCAUACGGACAUUAUGAAGUAACAGAGUUAUUGAUAAAGCAUGGAGCUUGUGUGAAUGUGGCUGACCUUUGGAAGUUUACACCUUUACACGAAGCAGCUGCCAAAGGCAAAUUUGAAAUAUGUAAACUCUUGCUUAAGCACGGGGCAGAUGCUAACAAGAAGAACAGAGAUGGUAACACACCAUUAGAUCUGGUGAAGGAAGGGGAUCAGGAUGUUGCAGAUCUUCUCAGAGGUGAUGCAGCUCUCCUGGAAGCGGCUAAGAAAGGUAACCUUGCUCGAGUGCAGAAAUUAGCCACCCCUGAAAAUAUCAAUUGUCGGGACACACAAGGCAGAAAUUCUACACCCCUACAUCUUGCAGCUGGCUACAAUAAUGUGGAGGUAGCAGAGUUUCUGUUAGAGAAUGGUGCUGAUGUCAAUGUACAGGAUAAAGGUGGACUCAUACCAUUACAUAAUGCCUCCUCCUAUGGGCAUUUAGAUAUAGCUGCAUUGUUAAUCAAAUAUAACACAAGUGUUAACGCAGUAGAUAGAUGGGGUUUUACACCAUUACACGAGGCCUCUCAGAAAGGAAGAACUCAGCUUUGUGCUCUCUUGCUGGCACAUGGGGCAGAUCCUACCAUGAAGAACCAGGAGGGUCAAACACCACUAGAUCUCACAACAGCGGACGAUGUGCGAGCAUUGUUACAAGAUGCCAUGCCGGUACCUAGCUCAGUCCCUGUCAUUUCAAAAAAUGCUAGCAACAGUAGUAGUACCAGUUCUUCCUGUAAUAGUCUCUUUAGUGGAACAGCAGAUGGUCUGUCAGGAGCUGUGGGUGGUGCCCCAACCACACCCCAGGGCGGGGAUGGUGCCAUUGAACGAACUGUGGCAGAAGGGGAGAGAACUAUAGAAUCUAUGAGUGUUUCGGCUUUCCUCGGAAAUAUUGGUCUAGAGCAGUUAAGAGACAUUUUCGAACAAGAACAAAUUACGAUGGACAUUCUUGUAGAAAUGGGACACGAUGAACUGAAGGACAUCGGAAUUAACGCCUACGGACACAGGCAUAAAAUUCUUAAAGGCGUCGAGAAACUCCUGCAAGGCAAAGAUCUCAAUGAAGAGUCUGAUAUGAAAACACCAAGAAGAAUUGUUGGUCCGGGGGGUAAUUCGUUCCAGUCUACUCAAGGCACUGUUUUAUUAGAUCUGUUACCGGAAGAUUCGGAAUACCAGUCUGUCGAGGAGCAGAUGCAGAGUACUAUCAGAGAACACAAAGACCGUACAGGCGGUUACUUCCAGACUUAUACUAUUCAAAAGAUCCAGAAAGUUCGUAACAAGAGGUUAUUAGACAAGUACAUGCAUCGUAAGAAAGAGGUUGCCGAUGAGAACCAUGGUCACGAUAAUGAGAGGUUAUUAUUCCAUGGUUCACCAUUCUUACAGACCAUUGUACAGAAAGGUUUUGAUGAGAGGCAUGCUUAUAUUGGAGGAAUGUUUGGUGCUGGGAUAUAUUUUGCUGAGAAUUCGUCCAAGUCUAACCAGUAUGUGUAUGGUAUAGGGGGAGGCACUGGUUGUCCUCAACAUAAAGAUAGAUCUUGUUACAUUUGUCAGAGACAACUGUUACUGUGCCGUGUGUGUUUAGGGAAGUCAUUUCUACAGUUUAGUGCAAUACGUAUGGCUCAUGCCCCACCAGGGCAUCAUUCUGUGAUAGGUCGUCCCAGCAAUGGUGGACUCUGUUACCCGGAAUAUGUUGUCUAUAGAGGAGAGCAGGCAUAUCCAGAAUAUUUAGUGACAUUUCAAAUAGUGAAACCUCCGGAAGGGGCUUCGACCUCGGACUCACCACAAAAACCAUAAGGUGAACAGAGACAGCCAGUGUGCCAACUAUCUAUGUAUUUAAAUUAUUUAUUUCUCCUGAAUGUUUAUGAAUACAUGUAUCCUGUGAAAUUAAUUGGGACAUGCAUUGAUGAAGGCAUGAAAAGUACACUUUUAUGUGUUGGAAAUAUAAACGGAGCAAGGAGGAAGGCUUGAACAAAAUGAACAAACAGAUUUUUGUGUUUGAAUGAAAGAAGCGCAUUUUUACUUGUAAAUGUGUGAAUGAAUAUGUUUUUUGCAACAAAGUUGUGCUAAAUAUUUGUACAUUGUUUUGAAAGAAAAGUAUAAGUGAUCACAUGUGAAAUUGUGUAUUAAACUUCCAUUUUCUUAGCAAACUGGACAAAACUUCUUAUUGCUUUAAACAUAACUUUUAAAUGGUACUUUGUUUAGUUUUAUACAGUAAUAUAUGCUCACAAUGUUUUAUUAUAUUUGGACUUGAUAUUGGACAAAUGAAUUAUGUUGUAUCAUUGUUUCAUAGAACCAAUAAUUGAUUGCCCCAAAUAUUAUCAUUGAUUUAUAGAGUGCCAAUUUUGGAUUGCCCCAAAUUUAUACCAAUAUUAGAUAGCCCCAAAUUUGAUUCAGUUCCAUUUUAUGGUCUAUAUUAUAUAUUAUAUAGGUUUCAGACACUGAACUAUAAAACUUUUUGUUUCACAUAGGUAAUAAUAAUUAAGACUGUUCCAUUGUUAAAAAAAUGAAGAACAAAGGAGAAAAAUAUAAUUUAGCUUUAGUAUGAAAAUAUUGUUAUUAAUUCUUUACAAUAAUAUCUUUUUAAACUGUAUGAAAAAUGAAAUAAAUUCUUUUUGAGAUUUCUAAAAAAGCAAGGGAAGUCUUGUUCAGAUUGGAAAGGAGACUGGUUUAGAUUAUUUUCGGUUGAUUCGUUGUAUUUUUUUCAGUUGCUGCUUUAAUUUUAAAGUAUCAUUUUAUUGUAUUACAAGUAUAUUUUGUUUGUUUUAUAGGGCAGUUUGAUUUGUGUAUCUAUUUUGUUUUUGUAUAUAUCUGCCUUAAUUAUACAGGAACAUUCUUUAAACUUAUUCUCAUAGAAUAUUUCCAAACAUUUUAUGCUAGAAUUUCAUCUUGUACAAUUGUUCUUUUUGGUUUUAGUUCCCAUCAUUAAUUUUGUUUUUUAAUGUUGAAGAGUUAAUAAGUUAAGUUGUAUUAUUUUAUCCUGCUUGAAAAUGCUAGUUUUAUGUUAUGAUUUCAGUGCCACAGAUUUCUGCUCUUAAAUCAGUGUUUAACUUUGCAGAGUCAUCCAUGUUUUGCUUAUUUUAUCUGGUAAGAAAUGCUAAUAAUUUUUGAUUACAUAAAAGAAGCACCAAAGUCAUGACAAAGCAAUUUUUUCUUUCUUAUAAAUGUAAGGUAAAUUUAUGUAUAGACAUAUUGACACAUCAAAGAUUACUUAUUAAACUGAAUGGGCCUAAAGGGGAGAAAAGAACCGUCGUCAUUUUGAAUAUCUUUAAAGAUGACAUAGGAUUUAAUAAUAAUAAAUAUAUGACUUCACAUAAAAUUUCUUUGAGCUAAACUAUGAUGAAAUGUUCUGAUUAAAAGUAAAUCUAAGAGAAAAUGUAACUCGUGGUUUGUGUUUGACAUUUGCACUGUAAUCCACUUUUGUAAUUAUCAUCACAUUUGAAGAUCUGUGUGGAAGUUUGCGUUUAUAUAAAAUUUAAUCUAAAUUACUUGUGUUAAAUCAUCUGUUCGUUGUGGUCAUGCAUUCUGAAGAAAUUUCACUCCUAGACAAAGUUGUGGUGAAUAGCUUGAUUUGCUAGGAAACAAAUGUAAAUCAUACUCAACACAGCAUUUAACGACUUUCAUGGUGUUAUAUUUAAAUGUAAAUAGAAAUCAUCAGAAAUCUUGGCGGGUAAUGUUUGGUAGAAUUUUUGUUGUUCAUAGCAAGCCACAUAAAUCCAUCUAAUUUAGAUAAAAUUAUGUUUAAUUUCUCCUCGAAACAUGAAAUUGAAAUGUGAUUUUCCAGGAAAAGAUGUGUACAAAUUGAAAUUUAACUGUGUUAAAUAGUCUUGAUUUUACAUUUAGUUGUUGAUGUCGAAUCUCUAGGGUAUCUUAUACCAGAUUUAAGAAUGUAUCUUCCAAAUUGUACAUGAUUAAUUGAAUGUUAACUGUAUAAUAUUGAGCAUGUUAAUUGCAUUUUCUUGUCAUGGUAACCUAAAUAAAUGUUAAAUAAUUGAA